UCUCCAAUUAGAACCCUCACUAACCAAAAAAUAAAAUUGUAAAACCCCGGAUGUCUUUUCCAAUCUUGUCUUGAGGAAAAAGAAAAGAAAAGAAAAGAAAUUAAAUUAAACCUGAAGUACUUCUACUGAGGGCAACCAAUACUCCUCCAUUGCGUGCUUAGUGUGUGAAAUCGUAAUAACAAUUCGAGGAAGUUUUUGAUCGGGAAAUCUAACUAAACAUGUUUCGCAAUCAAUACGAUACGGAUGUGACGACAUGGUCGCCGGCGGGGAGGCUAUUUCAGGUGGAGUACGCGAUGGAAGCGGUCAAACAAGGUUCGGCGGCGAUAGGGCUGAGAUCGAAGACUCAUGUGGUUUUGGCUUCCGUUAACAAGGCCAAUUCCGAGCUAUCUUCUCACCAGAAGAAGAUCUUCAAGGUCGAUGACCACAUCGGAGUAGCUAUCGCCGGACUCACCGCCGACGGCCGCGUUCUCUCCCGUUACAUGCGGUCUGAGUGUAUCAAUUAUAGUUAUUCUUACGAGUCUAAGUUACCUGUCGGACGCCUCGUUGUCCAGCUUGCUGACAAGGCGCAGGUUUGCACGCAGCGCUCCUGGAAACGGCCUUAUGGUGUUGGUCUGCUGGUAGGCGGUUUAGAUGAAUCUGGAGCUCACCUUUAUUACAAUUGCCCUAGCGGUAAUUAUUUUGAAUACCAAGCAUUUGCAAUGGGGUCUCGAUCACAAGCAGCAAAGACAUACAUGGAGCGGAAGUUUGAGACUUUCACGGAGUCCUCACGAGAGAAUCUUAUCAAAGAUGCACUUUUUGCAUUGAGGGAGACCUUGCAAGGAGAAAAGCUGACAAGCUCCAUUUGCACGGUUGCUGUGGUAGGAGUAGACGAGUCAUUCCACAUAUUGGACAAGGAAACUGUACAAGCACUCAUCAAUGAAUUUGAGAUAGCAGGCGAAGAGGCUCCUGCUAAUGAGGCUGCUCCCCAGGAUCAAGGUGGUGAUGCUCAAGGGGGUGAUGCUCAAGCAGGUGCCGCUGAUCAGGGGCCUACUGAUCAGGGGGUGGCUCCAAUGGAUAUAUGAUGGUAUUUGGGAGGAUGAGAGUUACUCUUUGAUGAAUGAUGGGAUCUGCUCGAGCCGUAGACAAAAAAACAUGUUCUUGUUGGAUAUUUGAUUUUCAUUAUGCGGUCUUUUGGUGCUUCACUAAUGCAAACAUGUUAAACUUUCUUCUCUUAGACCCCAAGCUAAAUUAUUUUCCAGAAUGAGUUUCUGCUUUCUGGUUGGACAUUGCUGCAUUAUGUAUUGCCUUUUAAUAUGUCGUCCUCUAAAGGGAGAGGAGCUUUAGUUA